UCGUACGGUUCCUCGCUGAUUAAUGAGAGCCUUAUGGUCCUGGAUUAAGUGGGGGUUUUUUCACAGAGACGUUUGCAAUAUCAUCUAAUUUACUUUUGACAUACUUAUAUUAGCGUUCAUAGCGAAAAAUUGCUAUACACCAUCGUUAUACACUUCUUGAUAAUACACUUUCAUUCUGCUAGUCGAUUGCCAAUACCGAAAUCUGGCAAACAUAACAGCACAAGGCUCAAACACAUUGUUGUUUCCACUCGUGUGUGCAAUAGCUUACUGAGUGUAAUGUGCAAGCCGAGAAUAGACUAGAAAGGGAGGGGUAGAUCUAAAUCUAGUAGACUUAGAUAGUAGUGGCAGUUGUAGCGAAGAAUGAAAGGAUUAUAACCCAGGUUGCUCAUAUUAUAUCCCGUUCUUGUACGUGUGUGUCUGUUUAUGAUCCAUUGACUCCUGACUAUUACUAUUAGAUCUACAGUACGUGGUAUUGACCAAGAAAAUUGACAAAUUCCUACUCCCUUGGCUUGGACUUGGUCGUCUUGGACUUUUACAAGAAGUGUUAUUUUCCUUGUUGAGUUUUUUCUCUGUGUUGGAUGUGCAAAAUGGAAGGCAAACAUGUAGAAGAAGAAAACGAAAUCAACAACAGUGAAGAGGACUACUCUGAAGAAGAAGAAAUUGAUGAAAAUGUUGGAAAGGUCAUUGACGUAGCAUUUGAUGCAAGGCCACCAUCAGACUCUGACUUCCAUGGCGUCAAGCGUCUUUUGCAACAGCUCUUUGUGAAGCAUAUCAACGAUGACCUGUCGGAGCUGGCAAAUGUGAUCAUUGCUCAGGACUUUAUUGGAUCGGUUUUAAAGCAAGACUUUGGAACUGGCAGUGAUGAAGACAGUGACGAAGAAAGUGAUGACGAUGACAGAGAUAAUGUUUUUGCUAUCAAUACUGUGGUCAAUAUUUCAGAAAAUCAGAGCUUGUCCUGCAUUGAGAAAAUCAAUGAAUUCUUGACAUCAAAAUGUGAAGAAGCAUAUAAGGGAGAGCCUGGUCUCAUGAGGAAAUUGUUGGGAGAUCCAUCGAAACAAGUUGGUUUGCUGAUCAGCGAGAGGUUUAUCAACAUACCGCCACAGGUGGCCCUUCCAUCAUAUGAAUCUUUGAAGGCAGACAUUGAAAAGGCAGUAAGGAAGAAGAAAAAAUUUGACUUCACACACCUGGUCUUAAUUAGCAAAACCUACAGAAGUAAAGAAGGAGGGGCCAUGGGGGCUGAGGUUUUCUACUCCAAUCCAGAAGAGCAGCUGUUUUGUGAUAUGAGUGAGUUCAACUUCACUUUUUCUGUAGCAGAGCAGAGGGAUUCAAUAUCAGACGGACAGUGGGAUGAUGAAGGAGAUAUGGAAGCAUUGCGGACUGUUAUGGUCUUUGAUGCCAGUUCCCUGGGUCAUUUGAUUGACAAACUGCGCCAAGAAAUUCCUGCUAAAUGAUAAAGCAUUUUAUUUUUAAAUGAUGUUGAAAUUGAUAGAUUGAUAUUGAGUUCUCAGAGGUUUUUUUUUUUUUUAAAGCUCUGAGCAGUAUGAGAUGUUAUUGUGCUGCUCCUGAGUAUAGUGAGAAGCCUUUUUUUUACUUUUAUGAGCUUCAACCUAAAGGCAAAAGCUGAUUGCUUGUAGUAACGGAUUUCCAUUGGGGAGAAACGUUUUUUAUGUAAUUUAUUCUUAGAAAACUUUUUGUCUAAGUUCUCCUUCUUCCUCUACAUUUGACUUUGUCAUUAAAAACUUCAUUCUUACAGUUUGUGCCUCACUCACUGCUUGUUAUAUUGUUUUGCCUCUUUUUUUUCUUUUUUUUUUUAGGUAGUGGUCAGUUAGGUUAGAGUUUAUGAAAGCCUAUAGUAUCGAGUUAUAUAACUUAAAUGCUGGCUUUUUACGUCAAUUAUUAAGUCCUGGACGAAAAAUAAUGGUGCUCUGUCGCAGUGUCAAGUUUGGGGGAGUUUCUACCUGACAGUUCGUUAUUCUUUUCCACAGUGGACAGGGAAGUAACUGUCUCUGUGGCCUUUUUUCCUGCAAAGCCCAUCAAGCUUAAUGUUGGUAAUAAUUUUUAAGUGUCCCUUGGCGUGUUAUUUGUGAGGUUGAAACUUAUCAUGACAGUAACCAGUAUUUUUCUGAACAUAUUUUUGUCAUGUAGUAAUUGCAACAGGAAGGCUAAGGGCAUAGGACUUAGUGAAAUUGGACAACUGGUAUUGGAACUCCUUGUACUAUAUAGUCCUGUAUAAUGUGUGGAGACUGUCAGAUCUAAGCAGUUAUUAUGAAGUUAAGUUCCAUGCACAUAAUUAUAAUAGGCCUGUGUUUUAAAGAUUGUGGUUUUAUUUUAAACAUCCUCUGAGUGCAUAUUUUUAUGCAAAUGGUCUAAAGGUGAAAUAAAAAUAUAAAAACUUGAA